CAUGAUCAGUGCAUGCAGACUUGCAGUGGUGCCAUUGAAUCCAACAGUUACCAGGUACUACUAGUACUACUAGGUUUAAUACGUCGUUUCGCCUUCGAAAAUCAGCCAGUAGGAUAUCUUGAAUACUCGAAUGUGGAUGAGCUUUGUGGUACAACUAAUAAACUGUAGUGUACUAACACUGUCUGUCAAUGACAAUGGGCUGCUCGUCCAGUCUAUGAGUAGGAGCAGGUGAGCAGAAAGGUUAUUCGAGCCCGUGUUCGUGCCUUAGCUCCAGGCCGGUGCUCUUGAACAGAUUUCCGAGUCCUACAUUGAUGCAGCUACCGUGUACUGACUCAGACUAAAGCAUCGGUAGAAGAACAGCAGCAACAUCAGCACCGAGAAGGUGACUCGAGUGCAGUAGAACUGGAUAGUAGCGGAGCCUCAUCGACUCUGUCUCUGGCCGUACUUAGCUAGGUGUAACGAUGGCUGGCGAGCUACCAGUUAGCAAUGUGCCCAGUGCCGUGCCGAUUUGGUCGCUCAAACUGCGCCAUAGCAUUCGCACAGGACUGGUGACGAUAGGGAAGUAUGACGGCCGGCGACCGAGCCUAACGUGCGCCACUGAGGGUGGGAAGGUGUUCGUGCAUGACAUGACAGCGCGUCAGAAUCGCAUGAGCGGCAUUGCUGACAGUGGGCAAGAGUAUCGGCUGCUGGACAUGCAGGCGCGUGUCACGUCACUGUUGGCGACGAACAUGUCCUCACCAGCUGCGCCCGGCUCAGAACCGGCUGCCAGCGCCAGAGAUUGCCUGUUCGUGGGCAGUGAUGCGUUCAUGAAGGCAUACAACGUACACGACAAUUCUGAACUCUUCUACAAAGAGCACCUACACGGAGUGAACUGCAUGACUAUCGGCGUUGCUGGUGAUCACGCAGAGCCGCUCGUCUACUCCGGUGGUAAUUGCUCUGUCACUGGUGUGGACAUGGAUGGAAACGACCAAUACUGGACGGUGACGGGUGAUAACGUACAGGCCAUCGCUCUAGUCGACUACAACUUGGAUGGUGUGUCUGAGCUGCUUGUCGGAUCGGACGACUACGACAUACGGUUUUUCAAAGGAGAGGACAUGGUAGCAGAAAUCAGCGAAGCCGAUGCAAUUUUGGACAUAUGUCCACUCCAGCAGCAUUCCUUUGCAUUUUCCCUGGACAACGGGUCAGUUGGUGUGUACGAAGGCCUCAGGCGGAUGUGGAGAAUCAAGUCCCGCAACGUUCCAACAUCACUGCUAGCCUAUGACUACAAUCUAGACGGAGAAGUAGAAGUGGUUUCCGGCUGGUCCAAAGGCAAGAUUGAUGUACGGCAUCACAGAACUGGAGACCUUCUAAUGAGAACGAUGUUGCCGGCUGGUAUUGCUGGCAUUGUUCAGGGUGACUAUACUAUGGAGGGCACUAAUUCUUUGCUCUGCUGCUGUGUUGACGGCUCAGUCAAGUGUUUCAACGCACCUGGCAGCAAUCCAUUGAAGACGACGGCGCAGAUGAAUAACGAACAGGAGUUUGAAGUCCAGACGCUGCGUCAGGCUCGGAAGGCACUGUUGGAUCAGUUGAGUGCUGAAAAUGAUAAUAUCAAGGCCAUGCCCAACUUGAAGACAAACAUGGGUGCACAUGGUAUUAUUCAAAUGGAUGGUACAAAGAUGAUGACCAUACAUGUGGACACCAAGGUGGAGUGCAGCAUAGGAUUGCAAGAGAGACCAGAUGGAGAGUCCCAUCUCAGGUUGGAGGUGGAUCUUGUUGGAUCCAAGCUGGGCAAUACGCUGAUCAAGUCGGUGGUUCUCUUUGCAGAAGGACUGUUUGAAAACGAGAGCCAUCAAAUAUAUCUGCCUCGUGAAGUGAUGAGCAAAUCGGUGCACGUGCCGAUGACACCUUCCAAAGAUAUAUCUAUGGAUAUUCAGAUUCGGGUGAUGGUGGGAACGAUGUUUAGUGAGCAGUUUCACAUGUUUGAACUGAGAAAGGUGCUUCCAAUGUUUAGCUUCUUAGUACCUCAAUCAGUUGAAGACGAUGAAGUGCCGCUGACUGCUAGUGGAAUGAUGUUCCAGAUGCCAAUGCUAGUCCCUGGUGACCUCAGCCGAUGGCUGGGUGAAGACUUCUUUAUGACGGCCGAAUACUGGAAAGACCCACACAUCAAGCACAUCCGAGUGCGAUCUCUGAGGCACCGUGGACGCACGCUGACACUGGAAGUGCAUCACCAGGCAAUGGUCUAUGUCUUCACCGAAGACAUUGAGCUUGCUGGCGAUGUACUGCAGUCGUUUUCGCAGUUCCUGCACGCCAAGGAUGUGAACACGCAGAGUUACUUCCCGACUUACGAAGAGUACAUAGUGGCGCUUGCUAAAAAGGUCAACGAGCAGGAUAAGGCAUUCAGCAGACUGCGGGCCGAGCUUGCUGACCAUAGCAAUCUGAUCCGUGGACUGGUGGUGCGCGCCGAGGAUUCACGAAUCAACCGUGAUAUGACGGGAGUCCGUCAUACCUACAAGUCUCUGUAUGAGUUUAACUUGGACCUUGUUCACGGUCACGUCAUACGGAUGACAACACACGAUCAGCUGACAGAGCUGCAGAGGCAACUCAACCAUGCACUGCAGGUGUAUGGACGACUGAAACUUGGCAAGUACAAAGGCGAGGUGAUCACCGAAGCUAAGAAAUGCUUGGACGGCAACAACCAUAGUCGCCUGGUGUCCAUUCUACGCGGCUAUUUGGACCCCGACGACUGGCAAGCGAAACUGGCGCAGAGAAAGGCACUGCGUACCACCAGGGAGUUCCACACGAAGUACAUGGGCUACAACUGAGCUCCACAGGCUGGUGAUGUGGUGAUGUGGUGAUGCUGCCCACUGGAUAACAGCAUGCACGGAUUCAUUCUCCACUAGCACCGGCUGAUGUGAAUGCAUGCCAGCCAGUCAGUCAGUGCUGGUAUGAUUGUCCUGAUGGAGAACCGGACUGGAGAUGGGGCGGCUAGCUGAACCUUGCCUCAGUACCUUCUAGUGCUACCCCCGGGGCCAGGAGCCUAACUAAAUGGUUAUACUGCUGCACUAUCAUGUGUUCUUAUCCAUCCAUGUGCCAGUGUAAGCUAGUAAAGCUAUCAGAUCUACAUCCCCAUGAAGCAACAGCAGUUCUCAAACACGCUCUCGGUGUUAAGAUUUCUUGGCUGCGUAACCUAUCCGGCUCCAGUCUCAGGGAUCUAGUACUAAUGGAUGCUGCGAGAUCUGGGUUGGACGAAUGAGCAUAAACUGGUCCCGAUUGCUGUCCCACUGUUGCUGUCAGGUUAAUCGGGUGUACCAAGGCAAGCUGGGUUUAUCAGUUCCUGGCACUCCUGACCAAGAGAGAGCUACCAGCAUGUCCUGAUCGACAUGACUGCACUGUGGAUGUCUAGCCCCAUGCCUGCGGUCAAUAACUAUACAUAUCCCCCCCCCCCCCAUUCUUGGUACAAUCUACUUAACUUAAUGGUUUUGCAAACAAUGCAACUAUUUUAUAUCAAGCGUGAGUGAUCGUUGAUUUCAGGUUUUUGUGAUUUGCUGUGCAAGAUACAGCUGGUUGUUUGCAACUAUUUUUGUAACAAGUGUGAGCGAUCGUUGAUUUUUGGUUUUUGUGAUUUGCUGUGCAAGAUCGUUGAUUUUUGGUUUUUGUGGUUUGCUGUGCAAGAUCGUUGAUUUUUGGUUUUUGUGGUUUGCUGUGCAAGAUACAGCCGGUCGUUUGCCUGGUGAGUACCAGCAA